AUGAAUCACUACCCUCAAGCCUGGGGUCGGCCUCGAGACGAUAUUUACGGUCCAUAUGACUCGUCUCGCCUCCAGACCUCUAUACCUAACACUCACACACAAUCGCCAGCAGUUACCGGUACCUCGGUAUUAGGAGUCAAAUUUAGAGACGGCGUUGUUAUCGCUGCAGACAACUUGGCUUCCUAUGGCUCUCUGGCCAGAUUCACGGACGUGAAGCGUCUGAGAACAUUCCCACCGAAUACCGUCAUUGGAUUUGGUGGCGACGUAUCCGACAUGCAAUACCUUGACCGACUCCUAUCCUCGCUCGACAUCCGAGAAAACUACCUGUCUUCCGCCGAGCACACACUGAAUGCACGAAAUCUUCAUACUUACUUGUCAAAAGUGUUGUACAAGAGGAGAAGCGACUUCAACCCACUGUGGAACAUGCUGUUGGUGGCUGGUCUGGACGAUGAAGACAGACCGUUCCUCGCGAGCGCCGAUUUGCUGGGGACCACAUUCUCAAGCCCGACAUUGGCCACCGGAUUCGGCGCACAUCUGGCGCAACCUCUGCUACGAAAGCUGAUGCCGCAUGACGAGGAAAGUGUAAAGGAUGUGACAAAAGAGCAGGCUGUCAAUGCUGUCAAGGAAUGCAUGAAAGUGCUUUUCUACAGAGACGCCCGGAGUAUAGAUAGAUACAGCAUGGCGGUGGUGACUAUAGACGGAGUCGAACUCAAACAAGACGAGAAGCUCGAGGACCAAAGCUGGGCGUUUGCGGACCAAAUUAGAGGGUACGGCACUGAGGUCAACUAA